AUGGCCGGCCUCAUCCGGCAACUCUUUCAACAACCGGCCUGCCAGGCCACUAGACGGUCACUCUCGAGGAUAAGACCGACGGCCCCUUGGCCCAGCACCACCGCCGCAGACCCAUGCAGGCGUCACAUGUCCUCUCGGAGAGCCGCCGCGGCGACUGCAGCAGCAGCGGGCGGCAGGGACAAGAAGAAAGGGAACGAUGGACGGUGGCAGCAGCGGAGCGAUUUAUUACCGGAGGACAGGAUAUCGGAGUUUGAGUCGUUUCCUAUGGUGACGGCGAAGGAUUUACGGACGCAUAAGCAAAGGCCGAGGAGAGUGAAGAUGCUGCUCCGGGAUUUCAUAGAGGACAGUCUAUACAACCCCCACUACGGCUACUUCUCCAAAGAAGCCGUCAUCUUCAGCCCCGGCGAACCCUUCAACUUCCCCGCCAUGCGCGACAACAUCGAGUUCUACUCCGAGCUAAGCCGGCGCUACACCGAAUUCGAAGACCGCCUCGACUUAGCCGAAGGCGCCGAGAACCCCACGCGCCAGCUCUGGCACACGCCCACCGAGCUCUUCCGCCCCUACUACGGCGAGGCCAUCGCGCGGUACCUCGUCGCCAACUACCACCUCACGUCGUACCCCUAUCACGACCUCAUCAUCUACGAGAUGGGCGCCGGGCGCGGCACGCUCAUGCGUAAUAUUCUGGAUUAUAUCCGCGACAUGGACCCGUCGGUGUACGACCGCACAAAGUAUCGCGUGAUUGAGAUUUCCUCGUCGCUGGCGGCCCUGCAGGCAAAGAACCUCGCGGGCGACCACGCCGACAAGGUCGAGAUUAUCAAUAAGUCCAUCUUCGACUGGAGGGAGAGCGUGCCGUCGCCGUGCUUCUUCCUCGCCAUGGAGGUCUGGGAUAACUUUCCCCACGACGGCAUCCGGUAUGAUCUCGAGACCGAGGCGCCGAUGCAGGCCGUCGUCCUCGUCGAUUCUGACGGCGACUUUUACGAGUUUUACACGCCGGAGCUAGAUCCCGUCGCUGCGCGCUUCUUCCGCGUUCGUCAUGUUGCCACGGGCGGGCGCUAUCCUCACCCUUACCCCUCGCAUCCUUUCUUGAGGAAGUUGCAGAAGAAUAUGCCGCUGGCGGGAAACCUCUCCGAGCCCGAAUAUAUCCCCACAAGGCUCCUGCAGUUCUUCGAGGUUUUGGAGAGGUACUUCCCCGGGCAUAGGCUACUAGCUUCAGAUUUCCACUCUCUUCCUCAGGCUAUUAAGGGGUUGAAUGCCCCUGUAGUGCAGACUCGGUUCGAGAGGAGGAUGAUUCCCGUGCGGACGCCCUUGGUCCACCAAGGCUACUUCGACAUCCUCUUCCCCACAGACUUCCAAAUCACGGAAUCCAUCUACCGCGCCAUCACGGGAAAAUUGACCCGCGUGCUCACCCACGAGGAGUACAUGCGCCGCUGGGCCUUCGUCGAGGAUACCGAGACGCGCACGGGGGAGAAUCCCCUGUUGAGCUAUUACCAGAAUGCUAGCGUCAUGUUUACCCUGUAA